AUGGCAGAACCGAUCGCUGCCGCCGAAGAGCAAGUCUCUCUCCCAACUGCCGAACUGGUCAGAGUCUCCGAUCACAUCUCAUUGUUGCCGCCGCUGUCCCGAAAGGGCCGUGGGCCAGGACUGAUCAUCGUGUUGCCGGCGAAUGCGCCGCGCUACGCAGCUGGCGGCGUUGUUUGCGAGGACGGCAUCCCGCCUCCGCUGCUCAAGUGGGCGGAAGAAGGAUUUGCGGUGGCGGAGAUCCGAGGAGAAGAAUUCUCCCAGGGCACAACCUUGGAGACGGCGCUGAUUCUCGGAGACGCUCUCUCUGCGCUGGAACGGUGUGAGAAGUGCGAUUACAACGAUGGCGUUGGCAUGGUUGUCUACGACACUGCCCUCUGGAAUGAAUUUGCCCGCAGUGCAGCCAUUGACCGUGACAUCGCGGCGGCUGUGAUCUAUGGCACGGCGGGGGACUUGGUUACUCCAGUCGCGAUCCCUAGGCUUUGUCAUUUCGUAGGACACGAAACGGCAGACUCGCACCCCGAUGCCAAAAUAUACACCUACCCUUCGGUCACUUCUUCGAAGUUCGUGAUACCGGGCCAGCCCGAGUUCGAUAGCACCAACGAAGCCGUGUCGCAUACGCGAAACCUCACCUUUCUGAAGAAGUAUAUCCGUGGCUUGGAUUUCGACCUGGAAGCCAUCUGGGAAGAGCAUACGUACUUUGAAUUUGCAGAGCGCUCGGUGCCCAAAACCAUGGCAACCAUGGUGCAAGAGCCCUACGUCAAUCACAUUACCACGAUGACGGGCGGCGUCGGUAGAACGAGCUUGACGAACUUUUACCGCAACAAUUUUAUCCCUAAAAACCCAAAAGAUAUGGAGCUCCAGCUUGUGAGUCGAACGAUUGGAAUUGAUCGCGUUUGCGAUGAGUUUGUUGCCAAGUUCACGCACGAUAUGGAAAUCGACUGGCUGGCUCCCGGUAUUCCUCCAACGGGACGGCAAGUUGAGCUUCCGUGCACGUCUGUUGUCUGCGUGCGCGGCGACCGCCUGUAUCAUGAACACAUCGCCUGGGACCAGGCUUCACUCCUGAUCCAAUUGGGCCUCAUGCCAGAAUACCUCACGUAUCCCUAUGCGCUCCCGGACGGUUCGAAACCGGCGCCAGGCAAGAGGUUCGAGUACCGGGUUCCCGCCGCCGGGGUUGAAACUUCCAUGAAAAUGCUCGACAAGAACAGAAUACCGUCAAAUGGAAUGUUUGAAUACAAGAUUCGAGAGGUGGAUGCUUGA